AUGGCUUUAAAGACAAUUCUGAUGUUUAUAUUUAUUGUGUUGCAGAGUAAUGUCAUUGUUGUUGUAUUUUCAUCUUCAACUCAAAAAUGUGUACACAGCCAACGAUUAGCACUAUCACAGCUGAGAGCUCUCAACCUUCAUUCAAAGAAGGUGAUGGAAUGGAAUAUGGAGGAUGAUUGCUGUAGUUGGGAUGGUGUUUCAUGUGACCCUGCCACCGGUUAUGUCAUCGGACUCGACCUCAGUUUUAGUAUGCUGUCUGGAGAAAUUUUUCCCAUUUUCAAUCUUCACCAUCUACAAACUCUCAAUCUUUCUUGCAACAAUUUCAACAACACUCCAUUUCCGUCCCGGGGGUUCGAGGAACUCAGAAAUUUGACUCAAACAAAUUUUCAUGGUGAAUUGCCCGAGUCCAUUGGAAAUCUUCAGUCACUGGAAGUUUUAGAUAUUUUUAGAUGCAAUCUCUCAGGGUUAAUCCCAUCAUCUCUAGCAAACCUCACAAGUAUUAUUGAGUUAAACUUUAGAUACAACAGAUUCACUGGUUCUUUACCACCAUUUCAUAGUAUAAGUGUACCAAAUCUCUGUGGUGAACUUGAGGAGUUCUCUAAUACAUCUUCCUCUGUUUUAAAGAAAAUAUAUUUGAAUGGCAAUCAAUUGAGUGGGGUAGUACCUAAAUCAAUCUUUGAACUUCCUAACCUCAUUCGUCUAUCACUAGGCUCUAACAAUUUUAAUGGUAGUGUGAAAAUUGAAAUGUUGCAGAAUCUCAAAAACUUGAUAUCUUUAGAUCUCUCUAGCAUUAGUUUGACAGAUGAAGAAAAUGAUGAUAGAAGCUUUGACUUGCCUCAGCUGGAAGAGUUGUGUCUACAAAAGUGCAAUUUAUCUGAUUUCCCGAUUUUCCUGAAGAAUCAAGUACAGCUUAGAAGUCUAAAUCUUUCAAAUAAUCACAUCCGAGGUUAUGUUCCUAGUUGGCUGGGGAACAACACACUCGAGAGGUUAGACCUUUCUGGAAAUCCAUUAGAUUUUCUUGAGCCAUCGUCAGCUCAGGGAAAUAAUUCAUUUGUGUCACUAUACCAACUGGUGAUGCAUUCUUGCAACAUUUCCAAGGUUCCCAAAUUCUUGAAAGGCCUUCCUGCUUUAAAGUAUCUUGACCUUUCUGAUAACAAGAUAGAAGGAUCUCUUCCAUCCGGAAUAUGCAAUAUGAGCCACCUGAAAGUUCUUGACGCAUCAGAUAAUAAUUUGAGUGGUUUGAUCCUGAAGUGUCUGUUCAACCUGACAAGUCUAUCAGUUUUGAACUUGAAAGGAAACAGAUUCGAUCAAAUGCCUUCUACUUUUACCUUUGCCUAUAAUAAUCUUCGCUCUCUGAAUAUAAAUGGCAAUCAAUUGAAAGGGAAGUUGCCAAGAUCACUGGCCAACUGCAAAAUGCUAGAGAUUCUUGAUUUAGGAAACAAUAUGAUAUCUGAUACUUUCCCAUUUUGGUUGGAAAAACUCCCUUCACUCAAAGUUCUUGUCUUGCGAAACAACAUGUUUUAUGGUGAGGUGAAGAUUCCUAGGACAAAGUUUGUGCUACCAAGCUUACACAUAAUUGAUUUGUCCUCCAAUAAUUUCACAGGAAAGUUGUCUAAAUAUUUCUUGCAAAGUUUGACUGCAAUGGCUAUGGGUGGGGAAAACAAAUCACUACCCAGCCUCAUUGGAAAGCAUGAUAAAUACUAUCAUGAUUCAGUGACGGUCGUGAACAAAGGAUAUGAGAUGGUGUUGGUUAAGAUCUUGACAAUAUUUGUGUCUUUGGAUCUGUCAAACAACAAGUUCCAUUGCAAUGUUCCGGAAGAGAUUGGUGAACUAAAAUCAUUGGUUGUGCUCAACCUAUCACAAAAUGUUUUCUAUGGGCAAAUUCCAAUAUCAUUGGGAGAGUUAUCUCAACUUGAAUCUUUAGAUUUCUCAAAGAAUAAAUUCUCAAGAGUGAUUCCUCCACAACUCACCAGUCUAACAUUCCUGUCAGUAUUGAACAUGUCUUACAACCAACUAGCUGGCCACAUUCCUUUGGGGAACCAAUUCAAUACUUUCACGAAUAGUUCCUACAUAGGAAAUGCAGGAUUGUGUGGAAGCCCACUCUCAAGAAAAUGCAGUGAAGAUGAUGAUGUACCAGUAGCACAGGAUGAGAGCUUGGAAGGUGAAGAAGCCAUGUUUGAUUGGACGUUUGCAGUUGCUGGAUGUGGGUUUGGGUUAGUUGUUGGGUUGACAAUCGGGUUUACAUUCUUGGCUGAAUGGAUUAUUAAAUGGGUCGUAAAGCAGGAGCAGAAGAAGAAGCAGGCAAGAAGGAAGAAGAAGAAAGUGCAGUUAACAGUCUAA